GUUGUUGGAGUAGGUCCAGGAGUUUGGUCUUUUCACGAAAUUUAACUAGUGCUCGUUGUCAACAAUUGUCAACAGACAUUUUGUGCUAUUGACAAUGUCUGCACAGCCAGGGUUGACUAGUUCGUGCAAUGUGCUUUCUCCAAAUUCAUUUGAGGUACAAGUUCUGAGGAGUUGAGACGUAAUCGACCGAUAAUGGCCGUCUUGUUCACCAGCCUCCAUAAACAUGUGCCCCCUCCGAAUGGCGGGAAAACUUUAGUAUCGCUGCGAUUUUGGAAGACGGAUUAUUUUACAGCGGUCUACAUUUCGCCUAGUUUUCGGUAUUCUUAGUCUCAAAAAAUGGGGAAAAAUUUUCGUUUUCGAAACAAUCAAAGGAAGGAGAGGAAAAACAAAGCUGUUUCCUUAAUUUUUGAGACCAAGAAUACCGGAAAAUAGGUAUCAUUCAUGUCGCUGCGAAUUACCAUCCGACUUCCAAAAUUGCAGCAGUAGUAAAGUUUUCCCGCCAUUUGAAGGUGGCACAUAUUUAUGGAGGCGGGUGUAUCGUCACAGUUUAAACCAGGUUUAAAAACAGUAUCUUUUUCUCCCUUCUGUUAGACAUUUGACUGUAGUCCACGUGCAACGUGAACGUUACAAGUAUAUGUUCUGUUACAAGUAUAUGGGCUGUACGACAUUGGUGACCUGGCGAGUCUAGCUUUCACGUCGUUGAUCUAUCGCGCCAUUGCCCAAGUCUUAUCUUUGUGUUCUAUUUAUACAGCAUUAUGUUUUUUUCAUUUAUGUUGCUAGUUGCGGAUGUAGUGUAGUCUGCAUUUUGCGUUGUCAUUGUCUGACUGUUUGUAUUACUUUUUGGAUACCCAAUCUAGGCAUGUGGUCCAAAUCUUGGACUGAACGUUGUCAAGCCGAGCUCAUUAGUACGGGAUAGGUUGUCUCGUUGGCUCAUUGCUAGCUACUAUUUACACGUAAAUGAAUGCAUUAGAGAUUCUCUCAUCGCCCGCCAUUUGCGUGGCAACAGUAGUUUCUUGCCUACUUCUAUGUUACAGAUAUGUCACUUCUACGUUUAAUUACUUCUCCGCUCAAGGCAUUCCUGGUCCAAAACCGAUUCCUAUCUUCGGUAACAUGUGGCAAGUCUGGAAAGCUAAUCUUCCUGAAUACGACAUUGCGUUAGUAAAAAAAUAUGGCAAGGUUUUCGGAUAUUUUGACGGACCUAUACCAAACCUUUGGAUCACAGACACAGAUAUGAUAAAGGCGAUCUUUGUCAAAGACUUCGACCACUUUGUCGAUCGUAGAAAUUUUGAAAUUCAAACCAAAAUCGUGCGCAAGUGGGUGGCGAUGAUGAAAGGCCAGGAGUGGAAGGAUGUUCGCUCGUCGGUAACUCCAGCAUUUACAAGCGGGAAAAUUAAGCGAAUGUCUGGACUAAUCAAAGAUUGCGUUUCGGAGCUGUGCGAUCGUCUCACAUGUUUUACUGAAACUAGAGGAAAAAUCGACGCAAAGCUGACUUUUAGUACUUUUACGAUGGACGUGAUUGCAAGAUGUGCCUUUGGUCUAAAAAUUGAUAAUCUUGGAAACAAAGACGAUCCGUUUAUUAAAAAUGCUCAGUUUGUUUUUAACCCACCGACAAACAAAUCGCCAGCAGUUCUGCUGCCUUUUAUGUACCCAAAGGUGUUCGCCAUGUUUGGCCGAUUCACAGAGCAUUUGAUUGUUACGAAAGAAAUGAAAUUUUUUUUCAAACUAUUGGAAAAUGUACUUCAAGAAAGAUCACAGUCUAAAGAAAUAUACCACGACUUUAUUCAAAUGGCAGAUGAAGCUAUGUCUGAAUUCAUGAAGGAAGUCGAUGGCAAAAAAGUUCCCAUGUGGUCACGGGAGAUAAUAGAUGAGAUAAUAAUGGGUCAGUCAACGCUCUUUAUGCUCGCCGGAUUCGAUACUACAGCAACCACGUUGACAAACACCUGCUUUCUACUAGCUAAACAUCCUAAAAUUCAGGAAAAAUUGUACGACAGCAUCCUCGCAAAAAGAGGAGAAUAUGAUGAAGUGUGCCAUGAAAUGGUUCAAAACAUACCCUAUUUGGAGAUGGUUAUCCAAGAAGUUUUGCGUCUUUGUCCACCUGGUGUACGAGUGGAGCGUCAAUGCACCAAAGAUUAUUCCUAUGACAACGGCCGUAUACACAUAAAAAAGGGACAUAUUGUGACGGUGCCAGCCUAUGCUCUCCAUCACAUGGAGGAAUACUAUCCCGAUCCAGAAAAAUUUGAUCCCGAAAGGUGGACUCCAGAAAACAAAGCUAAACGUAGUCCCUACACCUUCAUGGCGUUUGGAACAGGUCCACGAAACUGCAUUGGCAUGCGCUUUGCCAUGGAAGAGAUGAAAAUUGCUAUUUGUACCAUAGUCCAGAAAUUUCGCUUCUUUCCAGUAGAGGAAACUCCGGAAAAACUCCGUUUUGACGAUGGCUUUACGACAGCUCUACAAUCCAUUCGUAUGGCAGUGGGUAUCGAAUUCCGUCCAAAGACCAUCAACAGCCAAUGACUAAGAUUCCUCUCCAAUACCUGGCCAGUUCAUGAUUUCGACCAUAGUCUACAUGUUGGUGUAGGCAAACAUAUCGUUCUAAGGCCUUACCUAAAUCCGAACAGCCCUAAUUCAAAGAACGACUAGUGCCUUAAGUCUUUUCUUAAAACCCGACUAGGUCCUACUAUCCUUAUUUUAAACCGGGCGCGAUCUACUUAUAAGGCCGAAAAAUUGCAUAAAAUCCCUAUUGAAUCCCCUUGUUAAAGCUCUGCCCCGGAGUAGCCGAUACCCAGGCUUAGUACCGGAAGGUAUUUGGCUUGACAGAAAACGUAAAAUGUGUUGAAAUUCGUAUUUGUUCUUUUUAACUACCGCGCCACUAUCUUCUGGAAGUCUAUCCCUAUUUUAAGUCAAGUAGGCUCUAAUUGGCUAAAGGCAGCUGGCGGACAAAUUUGGUUAUUGUGUUAUGAUACGUGUGGUUAAUUCCAAAUA